CAGCACAGUUUCUCAUCCUAACACGAGCGUCAUGUCGAGAAGAGGAUAAUGAGGUCGCUGAAAGUCGCUCGGUGUGAAGCGUACAGUGAUAGUAGUUUUGGAAAAGAUGUGAACACCGACGGAAUGGCAGCUGACGGAGCAAAUAACGGAGCGACAGUACUUAAGUUGACGGCUAACGUAAGCCUGUAGGUCUAGGCUUAUUGGCUGAAGCGCUCGCUGUUAAACCCGGAGCUGGACUACAAAGACCGACCGACAGACCCUUAGCCGUGGUGGUUUUUGGGAAGUGAAGCAACAGAAGACAACAGGUGGAAGCUUUUGGUAAGCAGCACAUGGCCUGUAUUCUGCUGUCAGACAUGGACCUGCCCACCACCUGCACCUCAGCACAUCCCAGUGGCCUCCUCCCAGACCUCAACCCGCCUGCCGAACUUGACCCAAAGCCGGACAUGGAUACCACCUGCCUAAGUGUCCACAUUUAUUACUUGGGGAAGGAUGAAGGAGGAGGUGGGGCCAACGGUUCAGAGAGUACGCUCACGUUUCCAUCCGGGGAGUAUGUAGCAGAGGAACUCUGCAUCAGUGCAGCAAAAGCAUGUGGUAUUGCUCCACUCUUCUGCAAUUUGUUUGGUCUGAUGAGGGAAAGCGACUGGAUAUGGUUCCCUCCUAAUCAUGUCUUCAAAGUGCGCCAGUCAGCCAGUGAAAGCCUACACUUCAGAAUCAGGUACUACUUUCCCGGCUGGUAUAACAGUGGUAAUUUAUCCUAUGCUCAUCGCUGCGGCGUUUCCAAGGGGAUGGAGAGCCCUGUCAUGGAUGAUUGUGUCAUGGCAUACCAAUUUUUUCAGUGGCGCAGUGACUUUCUCAGUGGCAGGGUUCAUAUACCAGUAAGCCAUGAGGCCCAGGAGGAGUGUCUGGGUAUGGCGGUGCUAGACAUGAUGAGGCUCGCCAAAGAGAGUGGUCAGUCACCUGUAGACAUCUACAAUGAUACCAGCUACAAGUCCUUCCUACCAAGAUGCAUGCGAGACCGCAUCCAGGAAUACAACAUCUUAACUCGGAAACGGAUCCGUUUUCGCUUCAGGAAGUUCAUCCAGCAGUUCACUGAAUGCAAAGCCACAGUGUGCAACCUCAGACUUAAAUACCUGAUGAGCCUCGAGAUGUUGCUUCCAUCCCUCUACUCUGAGCGCUUCCAAGUCACCGAUCUCUCCGCACGCGAGGUUACCAUCAUUGUCACGGGCAACAAGGGCAUCCAGUGGUCAAAAUGUAAAGAGGAGGAGGGAGCAAAGGAGGUAAGACCCAGGGGAUGGUUUCAUGUUGCUAUGGAGCUGCAGACAUACUGUGACUUCCCAGAAGUUAUAGACAUCAGCAUCAAACAGUCCAAUCAGGAAGGCUCUGUGGAGAGUCGCAUCGUUUCCCUCACCAGACAGGACAACCAGAUCCUGGAACUGGACUUUCCUUCUCUCUCUGAAGCUCUGUCAUUUGUAUCAUUAGUUGAUGGAUAUUACAGACUGGUUGCAGAUGCCAAUCACUAUCUUUGUAAAGAGGUGGCCCCGCCAAGACUUCUCGAGUGCAUUCACAGCUACUGCCAUGGCCCUGUGUCGAUGGAGUUUACAAUUGGUAAGCUGCGUCGCUCUGGUAACCACCAAGGCCUUUACAUCCUUCGCUGUAGCCCCAGGGACUAUAACAAAUUCUUCAUGUCGUUUGUGGUGGGGUACGAAACAAUGGUGGACUAUAAGCACUGUCAGAUUGUGAAGACAGAGUCGGGGGAGUACAUCCUGAGCGGUGCCAAGAAGAGCUUUGGUUCCCUCAGAGAACUUUUGCACUGCUACCAAAAAGAGGCACUUCGCACAGAUGGAUACACAUUCCAGCUGACCAAGUGCUGCGCCCCCAGUCCCAGAGACAAAUCCAACAUGCUGGUGUGCAGAAGUAACCAAGGGGCAGAGGUCCCGCUGUCUCCUUCUCUUCACAUGCACGACAUCAGCCAGAUGGUUUUCCACAAGAUCCGAAAAGAGGACCUCGUCACCAAUGAGAGUCUGGGCCAAGGAACGUUCACCAAGAUCUUCUGCGGUGUGAGGAAAGAGCUUGGAGACUACGGAGAGGUGCACCAGAUAGAUGUUGUCAUCAAGAUCCUGGACAAGGCUCACCGCAACUAUUCAGAGUCGUUCUUUGAAGCAGCCAGCAUGAUGAGUCAACUCUCCCACAAGCACUUACUCCUCAACUAUGGCGUGUGCGUUUGUGGAGAUGAGAACAUGAUGGUGCAGGAGUAUGGUAAAUUCGGGUCUCUGGACACCUAUCUGAAAAAGAACAAGAGUUGUGUCAACAUUACAUGGAAGCUUGAAGUGGCUAAACAGCUGGCAUGGGCUAUGCACUACCUGGAGGAUAAGAACCUCAUCCAUGGAAAUCUGUGUGCCAAGAAUGUUCUUUUGAUCAGAAAGGAGGAUCGUAAGACGGGCAGCCUGCCCUUCAUCAAGCUCAGUGACCCUGGUAUCAGCAUCACUGUGCUGCCCAAAGAAGUUCUGGUGGAGCGUAUCCCAUGGGUGCCCCCUGAAUGCAUUGAAAACCCCCAAAACCUGAGUUUAGCCACAGAUAAGUGGGGCUUUGGUACCACGCUUUGGGAGAUCUGCAGUGGCGGAGACAAACCACUUAGCACCCUGGACUGCUCAAAGAAGAACUUAUUCUAUGAGGACAGGCACCAGCUGCCUGCUCCUAAGUGGACAGAGCUGGCCAAUCUGAUUAACAGCUGUAUGGACUAUGAGCCCUCACACAGGCCGUCCUUCAGAGCAAUUAUCAGAGAUCUCAACAGUCUCUUCACACCAGACUAUGAGCUGCUGGUGGAGAGUGACAUGGUACCCAGCAGGACACGAGGCUUCGGCUUCCCGUGGACCUCCGAGAACCAGGAGCCUGCUCAGUUUGAGGAGAGACACCUCAUCUUUCUCAAACAGCUGGGCAAAGGUAAUUUUGGCAGUGUGGAGAUGUGCAGGUACGACCCCCUACAGGACAGCACAGGGGAGGUAGUAGCGGUGAAGAAACUGCAGCACAGCACGGCCGAGCACCUCCGGGACUUCGAGCGGGAAAUCGAGAUCCUCAAAUCCCUCCAUCAUGAAAACAUCGUCAAAUAUAAAGGAGUCUGUUAUAGUGCAGGGCGAAGGAACCUCCGGCUGAUCAUGGAGUACCUCCCCUACGGCAGCUUGAGAGAUUAUCUCAUCAAACACAAGGACCGCUUUGAUUCCAAGAAACUGCUGCACUAUGCAUCUCAGAUUUGCAAGGGUAUGGACUACCUUGCCACCAAGCGAUACAUACACAGAGACCUGGCCACUAGGAAUAUACUAGUGGAGAGCGAGAUGAGGGUGAAGAUUGGCGAUUUCGGUCUGACUAAGGUGCUGCCGCAGGACAAAGAGUACUACACUGUCAGAGAACCCGGGGAAAGCCCCAUCUUCUGGUAUGCUCCAGAGUCGCUGACAGAAAGCAAGUUCUCUGUGGCAUCAGAUAUUUGGAGUUUUGGUGUUGUCCUCUACGAACUAUUCACUUACAGUGACAAGAACUGCAGCCCACCAGCGGUGUUUAUGGACAAGAUGGGAAAUGAGAAGCAGGGUCAGAUGAUUGUCUACCAUCUCAUUGACCUGCUGAAACAAGGAUAUAGGUUGCCUGCGCCUGAUCAUUGUCCAAAGGAGAUUCACAAGAUUAUGACGGAGUGCUGGAGCAGUGACCCAGGACUGCGGCCUACUUUCAAGACAUUAAUCCACAGUGUGGACACUGUGCGAGACAGCAAGGACGAAUAAGCGGCAUUGAUUCCUGAACCUUUGACCUUUGAGCGUUGACUCCCAGGAGUGGGUCUUUACAGAUCUCAACAGAACAAUGAAUGUCUUGGUGACGUCUCCGGUUUCCAGCGGUGAUGCAGUCACUCAUCUGAAGCAUUCUUGUUUUUCUUCAUUUGGUGCUCGGUUUGAGUCACAUUUACUCAAACACCGAUGAUGGAGUGACAGCUGUAUCCACUUUACUAGCACUUCUGUCUGUGACCAUGUAAAGUAUACAGGUGAUCUGAUAAAUUAGUACACUACAUCUGAGUCAGACACCAAACAAAUAUAUAGUUGCUGAUGCUUCUAAGAACAUUUAAUUGUGUGAUAAAUUAUUUUCUUUGUGUUAUUUGUACAUUUAGUUUUUUACACAUUGAAUUUGACAAUAGAGAUCAGAAAGAGGAGAUCCUUCUCUAAGAUUCUGAUAUUUUCUAUACUUUAAGUAGCCCUCAAUAUUAAGUCCAACAUGUACAGAUCAUGAAAAAGCCAUUUGAUUCUGUACAUUAGCAAAUGACUUUGAGCUCAUGGGAUUGUUAACAGAAAUCACCAGUGGAGUGGAAGUCAUCCACAUGGAGGAGUGGAACUGAGCGUGGCUCCUCCUGCUGACAGCCAGGCACUCUUGCUUGAUGCUUUGACUGAAAAAAGACAGUCCACAAUUGUUAAGUCACCAGCUGUAAUUCUGCUAUUCCUUCACCUGAUUUAGAGUUAUGGACUAACCACUGUUUCUGCUGUUACAGUGGACUUUUACACAUAUUCAUUGCACAUCGAGGGUGAUUCAGCAGAAACAUCCACAGAUCUUUGUUGGGGUUUUUUUUUUGUGAUGGUAUUUUUGCUAUGACGACACCAGCUACACAAUACAGGUCAGACUAAACACACAAUCUCCUCAUAUUUAUUUACAUCAUUUCACACAAUGGGGAAAGAAUGAAAUAUAUCAGAGGGACAACAAUAACUGCUCAUUAAUCUCUGAGAAAUAGA